AUGGAAGCUGUUGAGGCACUGGGGCUCACAAACCAGACCUACUUCAUUUUGCAGGGCUUCACUACUCUUCAGAUCUUCAUCUUUGAGGUCAUUCUUCUGAUGUUCCUAAUCACAAUGGCAGGGAACCUUCUUGUCAUCAUAGCUGCAAGCACUGACCCUGCCUUGCACACCCCCAUGUACUAUUUUCUCCAAAACCUGGCUUUCAUUGAAAUCUGCUUCACACUCAGCAUAGUGCCCAGGAUGCUCGUGGAUUUGUUGCUGGAGAGAAAGGUUAUCUCCUUCUUUGCCUGUGCCCUGCAGCUUUACCUUGUGCUGUCCCUCAUCACUGCUGAGUGCUUCCUCCUGGGGGCGAUGGCAUACGAUCGGUAUGUAGCCAUCUGCCAGCCCUUGCACUAUGCCUCGAGGAUGAACAGGAGAGUGUGUCUGCACCUGGUGGUGGCAUGCUGGGUGGCUGGCAUUCCGCCCGCACUAGGACUCACUGGCUGGCUCUUCAGCUACCCCUUCUGUGGCCCCAGGGAGAUUGAUCAUUUCUUUUGUGAUGCCACUCCUGUCCUGGCCCUGGCCUGCUCAGACACACACUUAUUCCAAUACCUUCUCUUCAUCACUACUGAUAUAAUUAUUUUUCUCCCAUUUAUCCUGACUGUGGCCUCUUACAUCCAGAUCAUCCAUACCAUUGUCCAGAUGCCUUCAGCUGAAAGAAGGCUCAAGGCCUUUCUGACCUGCCUGGCUCACCUGGUGGUGGUGACACUGUUCUACUGCACGACUGGCUUGGUACAUUUAAAGCCAAAGAGCAGUGUGAUGGUGCACAGCAGGAAGCUGGUGGCCCUUUCUUACACGGUGGUAACCCCCAUGCUGAACCCAAUCAUCUACAGCUUACGCAACAAAGAAAUAAAGCAUGCCCUAAGGAAGGUCCUUGGGAGCAAGGCAUCUCUGCCUUCACAGGCCCACUGA